CAAUUGACAGGAAUGGAGCUACCUACGAGGAGCGCUUACAACAGUAGAUUGUGAUUAUGGCUUGUUCAAUAAAAUCCACCAUGACAUAGGCACCCAUGUCAUACACCAUAUCUUCCCUCAAAUUCCUCACUACCACCUAGUAGAAGCGACAGAAGCAGCUAAAGCAGUGCUUGGAAAGUACUACCGGGAGCCAAAAAAAUCAGGGCCUAUUCCCUUUCACUUACUCAACACCCUGCUGAGAAGUUUUAAAGAAGAUCAUUUUGUGACAUCUAUAAUGCAUAUGUUGUUUCCUUUCUUGCAAACAUGUAAACCUUUGGUUGUAACCUUCCGUGCCUACUCUAAAGAUCAGAUCCUUAGAAUUCUUCGGGAGAGGCUCAUGGCACUACCUUAUGUUGUAUUCCAACCACAAGCAUUGGAGCUUUGUGCCAGAAAAGUUGCAGCUGCAUCCGGAGAUAUGAGGAAAGCACUUUCUGUAUGCAGGAGUGCAGUGCAGAUGUUAGAGGCAGAGAUGAGGGAAUCGUCAAGCAGCCCGAAUUCAUCAGUGGGAGAGGCCACUGAUCAACAGACACCACAAGACCUUGAAGCCUGCAAAAGACAACAAAACAUUACUGUCAGGAUUGAUCAUAUGGCUGCUGCAUAGUCAAAGACAUUUAGAUCACCAGUAGUUGAUACCAUACAAUCUCUUCCACAACAUCAACAGAUAAUAUUAUGCUCUGCAGCAAAGUUUUUUCGGGGAAAAAAGAAGGAUACAACUAUAGAAGAGGUUCAUUUCUUUCCUCUAUUUGAUAAUAAAAUUUUCAAAAUAUAUUUAGCGUUCUGUGAUUAAUAUUGAAAUUUGUUGUGCGAAUGCAAGCUAAAUAAAUCUUACAUAGGUAU